AACCCUGUGCGUGAGGGUAGGAGGAAAAGCAGGGCCUUUAAAGAAGGCAACCCUACGACUUUUGCUGCCAGGAUGCCCUUGCUUUGGCUGAGAGGAUUUCUGUUGGCAAGUUGCUGGAUUAUAGUGAGGAGUUCCCCCACCCCAGGACCCGAGGGGCACGGCGCAGCCCCGGACUGCCCGUCCUGUGCGCUGGCCACCCUUCCGAAGGAUGGACCUAACUCUCAGCCAGAGAUGGUAGAGGCUGUCAAGAAACACAUCCUAAACAUGCUGCACUUGAAGAAGAGACCCGAUGUCACCCAGCCGGUGCCCAAGGCGGCGCUUCUCAACGCGAUCAGAAAGCUUCAUGUGGGCAAAGUGGGGGAGAACGGGUACGUGGAGAUAGAGGACGACAUUGGCAGGAGGGCCGAAAUGAAUGAACUCAUGGAGCAGACCUCGGAGAUCAUCACCUUUGCCGAGUCAGGUACAGCCAGGAAGACACUGCAUUUCGAGAUUUCCAAGGAAGGCAGUGACCUGUCAGUAGUGGAGCGUGCAGAAGUCUGGCUCUUUCUGAAAGUCCCCAAGGCCAACAGAACCAGGACCAAAGUCACCAUCCGUCUGUUUCAGCAGCAGAAGCACCCACAGGGCAGCUUGGACAUGGGGGAUGAGGCUGAGGAAAUGGGCUUAAAGGGGGAGAGGAGUGAACUGUUGCUAUCAGAGAAAGUGGUUGACGCUCGGAAGAGUACCUGGCACAUCUUUCCAGUGUCUAGCAGCAUCCAGCGCCUGCUGGAUCAGGGAAAGAGUUCCCUUGAUGUGCGGAUUGCUUGUGAGCAGUGCCAGGAGAGUGGUGCCAGCCUAGUGCUCCUGGGCAAGAAGAAGAAGAAAGAAGUAGAUGGAGAUGGGAAGAAGAAAGAUGGAAGUGAUGGAGCAGUGGAAGAGGAAAAGGAACAAUCACAUAGACCUUUCCUCAUGCUGCAGGCUAGGCAGUCCGAAGACCAUCCUCACCGCAGGCGUAGGCGGGGCUUGGAGUGUGAUGGCAAGGUCAACAUCUGCUGUAAGAAACAAUUCUUUGUCAGCUUCAAGGACAUUGGCUGGAAUGACUGGAUCAUUGCUCCUUCUGGCUAUCAUGCCAACUAUUGUGAGGGUGAGUGCCCAAGCCACAUAGCAGGCACCUCUGGGUCCUCUCUCUCUUUUCACUCAACAGUCAUCAACCACUACCGCAUGAGGGGUCAUAGCCCCUUUGCCAACCUUAAGUCAUGUUGUGUGCCCACCAAGCUGAGACCCAUGUCCAUGCUAUAUUAUGAUGAUGGUCAAAACAUCAUCAAAAAGGACAUUCAGAACAUGAUUGUGGAGGAAUGUGGCUGCUCCUAGAGUUGCCAGGUCCCAGAGGAAAUGGAUCUAGAAAGUCCAGAGAAGACAGUGGCAAAAUGAAGAAAAAUAUAAGAUACCUGAAUUAAACAAAACAACCAGAAAAAUAGAAAUAAAAAAACCCACAAAAACAAAAACUAGACUGAAAACAAAACCUUAUGAAACAGAUGAAGGAAGUUGUGGAAAAAUAUCCUAAGCCAGGGCUCAGAGAUGAAGCAGUGAAGGAAACAGGGAUUGGGAGGAAAAGAGAGAAUGGUGUACCCUUCAUUUCUUCCAAAACCAAACUGAUGGCAUCAGUUUUAUCCAAACUGGGUAUUGUCCUCUCUCCUGCCUCUUGCGGUUCCCUUGUGAGCCUGGAAGUCUACUUGUCUAUUCUGCAGUAAUGUGGGCUAGCACAACCCAAAUAAUGUCUAGAAAGCCAUGAGUUUUAAAGGGCCAGUCCCACCCAGAUACCCAGGUCAUAAGUAUGUCUAUGUGACACUAUCUCUGUGUAUUUCAUACAGCGUGCACAUACACACACACAGGCACACACAUGCAAACACACACACACACACACACACACACACACACACACACACGCACGCACUCACAUACGCAUACACGACACACAGAGGUAUUUCCACACACCACAUGCAUACACAUACUGGUAAAAGAAUAAUUCUGUGCAGGUGGUCACAUUUUCUUUUCUGUACCACUUUCGCCACAAGACAAAAUCAACAUAAAACAUUGAGAACAGGAAUGGAAAGAGUGAAAGAUCAAGGAAAAAAGAAUACCAAGUUACAUUUCGUUAAGGUGCUUAUGAUCUUAGAACUAUGCAACCUAAUAGGUUUGAAACUGUUUACCUGAAAGAGGACAAAAAGAGAGACUUUUUUGUAUUGGGAGUAACCUGAUUAAUUUUUAUUUUCUUCAAGGAGAGAUACUUGAAAGGAAUAUGUUUGUCCAUCUGUUGGAUUCAAACAUUUCUAUAUUUUGUAAAUGUUGUUUUUUUAUCGUUUACUAUUUGC